UCACUUGAAGUCCAUUGUAACUAGUCUAUGUUAGCACUUACUUUCUAAAGUUCCCUCACAAUCUCUCAAUAUAGUUGAAGUUUUCAGAAUCUCAUGCUAUCUUUCCCACUCUAAAGUAUAAGAUGGCAUUUGAAUUGGAUCAGGACUGAAUUCACAAGUAUUAAUUAUGGAAACUGCCACUGCUAAAGAGUGUAAAAUGGUCUCCUCCUAUCAGCCAUCAUGUCUGGGGACAACAGCUCCAGCCUGACCCCAGGAUUCUUUAUCUUGAAUGGCAUUCCUGGGCUGGAAGCCACACACACCUGGAUCUCCCUGCCAUUCUGCUUUAUGUACAUCAUUGCUGUUGUGGGGAACUGCGGGCUCAUCUACCUCAUCAGUCAUGAAGAGGCCCUGCACCGGCCCAUGUAUUACUUCCUGGCCCUGCUCUCCUUCACUGAUGUCACCUUGUGCACCACCACAGUACCUAAUAUGCUGUGCAUAUUCUGGUUCAACCUCAAGGAGAUUGACUUUAAUGCCUGCCUGGCCCAGAUGUUUUUUGUCCAUAUGCUGACAGGGAUGGAGUCUGGGGUGCUCAUGCUCAUGGCCCUGGACCGCUUUGUGGCCAUCUGCUACCCCUUACGUUAUGCCACCAUCCUUACCAACACUGUCAUCGCCAAGGCUGGUUUUGCCACUUUCUUGAGGAAUGUGACACUCAUCAUCCCAUUCACUUUCCUCACCAAGCGCCUAUCCUAUUGCCGGGAGAAUUUCAUCCCCCACACCUAUUGUGACCACAUGUCUGUGGCCAAGGUAUCCUGUGGCAAUUUCAAGGUCAAUGCUAUUUAUGGUCUGAUAGUUGCUCUCCUGAUUGGUGUAUCUGACAUCUGCUGUAUCUCUGUAUCUUACACUAUGAUUUUGCUGGCUGUUAUGAGUCUGUCAUCAGCAGAUGCUCGUCACAAAGCCUUCAGCACCUGUACAUCUCACAUGUGUGCCAUUGUGAUCACCUAUGUUCCUGCUUUUUUCACUUUUUUCACUCAUCGUUUUGGAGGACACAAUAUCCCUCACCACAUACACAUCAUCGUGGCCAACCUUUACCUGCUACUGCCUCCUACCAUAAACCCAAUUGUUUAUGGAGUUAAGACCAAACAGAUUCGGGAAGGUCUAAUUAAAUUUUUACUUGGAGACAAGUUUAGCUUUACUUAUGAUAAAUGAAACAUAGACUAGACAUACUGUUUGAAUUGGGAAGAAAAUAAUGGAGACAAAAUUUCAUAAAAGAUGGGAAUAAAAUGGCAUUAAAAUCACGACAUGCAAUUUACCCAUGUGACAAACUUGAACAUGUACCCAUUAAACCUAAAAGUAGAAAUAAAAAAUCAAAAUAAAGACAAAUUCAUAAGUCACAAUAAUGUAUCAGUUUUCUGAAGUCUCUGCAAAUAUAUGAAUUCCUGUGUGUUGGGAGUGGGGCAAAGAUCUGCCAAAUCAGAGAAUGCAGAAUAAAGAAGUAAUAUACUAAUUACUUAAAGAGUUGAUGCUUUUCCUAAGCAUUUAUUGACUCACAUGUCUGUGAGACCAGAAAGGUAAUAAAAUGAGGACAGUAAACCUGGUGACAAUCUAUGCAUUGUGUAUAAGAAAGGGAGGCUAUACAAACAUGGGACACGUUCAUCCUCUCCAUGAAGAAUAAAUUCUACUCAGAUCAAGUGCAUUGUUGCCAUAGGGAAUGAAUAAAGUACAUGGUAUACACAGUGGAAUACUAUUUUUCUUUUUUAAAAAAUCACUAUUUGGUGAUAAAAAGAAUGAA